AUUAAGCUUGAAUUGCUGCUCCCUUGGGCGCAUGUGUGUCACCCUCUCCUUCCAUUGAUCCUUUCACAUCCUUUAAUUUCUCUCUUUCUUCCACAACAAAUCAAACUGUUCAUCCUCCCCUUCACCUUUGACCUUUCCAACCUAAUUAAUUAGCUACUACCCAAUUAGCCGAUCCAUCCAUGGACCGCACUGCGACUGCAAGCUGGGAGGUCAUGAGCCGGCGAGGUGAGCAGCAGCAGCAGCUGAUGAUGCAAGCUCCGGCCAGCCAUAAUGGUGGCAGCGGCGGCGGCGAGCCGGCGAGGUCGCGGUGGGCGCCGAAGCCGGAGCAGAUCCUGAUACUGGAGUCCAUCUUCAACAGCGGCAUGGUGAACCCGGCCAAGGACGAGACGGCGCGCAUCCGCCGCCUCCUCGAGCGCUUCGGCGCCGUCCGCGACGCCAACGUCUUCUACUGGUUCCAGAACCGCCGCUCCCGCUCCCGCCGCCGCGCCCGCCAGCUCCAGCAAGCCUGCGGCGCCGCCCUCCAUCAGCUCCCCUCCGCCGCCGCCGCCGCCGGAGCCGGAGGAGGAGGAGAUUACUAUCACCACCACCACCAACCUUCGUCUUCUCCUUUCCUCAUGCACGGCGGUGGCGGCGGCGGCGUGGUCACUUCGACGACCGCGGCGCCAGCGGUGGCGGCGUCCGGCCACUUCUUGGCGGACGAGGUCGACGGCGGCGGCGACGACGACCUCUUCGCCAUCUCCCGGCAGAUGGGCCUCAUGGCUCGCCACGGCGGCGGCGACCACCAUUACAGCAGCUACGCGGACAGCGACGCCACCCAGCUCAGCUACCAACCAACCGGGACGAUCCAAGUGUUCAUCAAUGGCGUCGCAUACGAUGUGCCGAGCGGCGGAGCGCUGGACAUGGCCGGCACGUUUGGCCGCGACGCCAUGCUGGUGCACUCCUCCGGCGAGGUCCUUCCGGUGGACGAGCACGGCGUGCUCAUCAACAGCUUGCAGAUGGGGGAGUGCUACUACCUGGUUUCAAAAUCGAUCUGAUUAAUCGGAUGGAUGAAGGUGGAGAAGAAGAUGCAAGAUUUAUGUAUGCUCUUGUAAGCAUGCGGGAUUUGCUUCAUUGAUUAAUUGGGAGAUUGAUUCCCAGCUCCAUGAAUUGUUGUUAAUUAGGUUGUCCAGGGAUCAUAUCAGUGUGUACUAAUGUGGUUGAUUUCUCUCCAUCGAUGUAUAUUAUUAUCUCGAUGCAUCGUCCCCUUGA